AUGUUAGCUAUGAAUUCUAAAGAUGCAUUUUCUAUGUUGAAAAUUAUUUUUAUUUUAUUGUUGUCGCAGAAUUUUCUCAAUGUUUAUUCAUUUAAGCCUGAACCACGUGGUGGUCACAUGGCAACAUUGUCUAAUGAUAAGCUUUAUUUUAUUGGAGGUUCACGACCUAUACCUACGACUUCAUCUGCAUGGAAUAUAACUCACCAAUUCGGUCUAUCGGACGAAGUGUUCUAUUUAGAACUUUCGUCAUCAUUUACUGUUGAUUUACCUCCGUUUACGGAUCUUUCUGCAACUUCACGAGUUCCAUUUGGCUGCGAAAAAGGAACAAUGGUAUUAGGUGUUUAUGGCAUACGUAUGUAUCUUGUUGGCGGAGUGCAGCAAGAUAUGACAACAUUUGGUUAUAAUACAACAAAUUCUAGCCUUUGGAUUUAUAUUGUGAAUUCACAAAAAUGGGAUAUUCCUGGACCAGGAACUGCUGGAAUACCACUUCCCAGGCGCAGAUCCACUGCAACAACUAUUGAUAAAAAUGGUGUAAUUUAUAUAUUUGGUGGAAGGGUAGAAGUGGAUACUGGUUCAAAUGUGUUUACGAUAUUUGAUGAUUUUUUCACAUUUGAUACUGUGUUAUUGAGAUGGACUAAUAUGUCUUCACUUCCUAACCUUCCAUAUAAACGAAGUCAUAGCACUGCAACUUUAAUGCCUGAUGGAAAAAUUAUUUACAUAGGUGGUGUUACUCAAUCUAUCCCUGGUGAACCUGCAACUCGUAUAAGCAUGAAUGAGAUAAAUAUUUUCGAUACUAUUGCAUCAGUUUGGUCACAAAAGUCUGCUUUAGGGAUUGUUGAUCCUCGUGUUGGACACACCUCUGUCCUAGCACCCGAUAAUCGCACUAUAGUUAUUCUAGGAGGAUCACAAAGUUACGGACUUAAUCAGACUACACCAUAUCCGGUUUUUGUAUUGUUAGAUAUUAGUUCUGAACCUUUUCAAUAUUCAUAUCCUCAACCUUCUGGGGAAUCUCCUCCUCCAUUGGCAUUUCACACAGCAACACUCUACCAAAACUACAUGAUUGUAGGUUUUGGUGUUGCAGAUCUCCUAGCAGAUCUCCCCCAAUAUCUCCCAGCAGACCUCCUAGCACACCUCCCAGCCCUUAAUAAAUCAAUGAAUCAUAGGAAUAAUAUUCAACAAUUAUAA